UUUGUACUUAUCCGCAUGUUGUAAAAGGAAAAAUCGGAGAAAUAGUUGAAAUCUUAAUUGAAUCGCGAUGGCUUACAAUUAUCAAUGCAACAAGAGAAGAUACUAUUGCGUGGGGAACUGAUAUUUUUACUGAUGAUUCAGAUGUUGUAAAAGUAGAUUUAACCGAUACACCGCCUCAACAUGAUUUAGUU